CAAAAAAUCCUAAAUUGCAAGAUGAAUACCGUAAAGUAAUGGAUGAAUAUUUAAAAUUAAAUCACAUGGUAGAAAUCACUCCUUCAGAAAUUGAUAAACCGGCUGUCUAUCUUCCUCAUCACGCAGUGUUGCGAGAAGACAAGUUGACUACAAAGCUUCGUGUAGUGUUCGACGCUUCCUGCAAGGGUACAAAUAACGUGUCUUUAAAUGAUAACUUGUGUGUUGGACCUCAACUUCAGCAAGAGUUGCGAUACAUUUUAAUGAGAUGGAGAACACACAGAAUCUGCAUAACAUCUGAUAUAAUUAAGAUGUAUAGAAUGGUUAGAGUAUCAGAUGCUGACACAGACUAUCAGAGAUUAGUGUGGAGGUCUUCACCCGACGAGCCUAUUAAACACUUCAAACUUUUAAGAUUAACUUUUGGCACUGCUUGUGCACCAUACCUCGCUGUGAAGUCUCUACAAACACUUGCUAAAGAGGGGCAGUCAACUUGUCCUAUCGCUGCACAAAUAACAAUGUCUGACUAUUACAUGGAUGACCUGCUUUCUGGCUGCGACACAGAAGAGCACGCAGUGAAAAUAUACCACGAGAUGAACAGCUUAAUGAACUCUGGGGGAUUCCAACUACAAAAAUGGAGUAGUAACAGUAAAGCUGUUCUACAGUACAUCGGAAAGAAUAAUUGUGACGAUCAUGAGUUACCUUUAAAGGUCAAUAAUGUUGUUAAAGUAUUAGGCGUAAACUGGAAUCGUGAAACCGAUAGUUUUGAAUACACAGUCAACUUGCCGGAGCCUCAACAACCUGCAACUAAAAGAACUAUUCUUUCCGAAAUAGCUAAGCUAUAUGAUCCUUUGGGAUGGAUAGCUCCCGUUGUAGUAGUCGCAAAGAUUAUCAUGCAGAAAUUGUGGAAGACAGGGCUCGAAUGGGAUGAGCCUAUUGACGGUGUCUUGCUAGCCGAGUGGAAUCGAUAUCGGGAGAAUUUAGCACACAUCAUAGGCCUUAGCAUACCACGAUGGCUACACUAUAGUAACACAUCAAGUGUAGAGUUGCACGUCUUCGCAGAUGCUUCGCAAGCCGCAUAUGGAGCAGUAGUGUACAUGCGAGUCAUAGACGAAGAGAGAGUAUACGUCAGUCUUAUAACGUCCAAAACGAAGGUAGCACCAAUAGAGAAACAAGUCUCAAUUCCAAGAUUGGAAAUCUGCGGUGCGGCGUUAGCGGCUAAACUAAUACUAGAAACAUCUCAAGUGAUGUGUGUGCCUAAAAACAAGUUAUUUGCGUGGACAGAUUCCACCAUUGUACUUGCUUGGCUAAAGGGUGGGCCAAGCAGGUGGAACACUUUCGUGAGCAACAGGGUGUCAGACAUACUUAACACUGUAGAUUUCGAACAAUGGGGGCACGUAUCUACAGACAUG